UCGUACGAGGAAGUGUGUUCUCGUUCGUUUUCAUCCCGAUUCCUUCACCAUUCGUUCUCGUCCUGUUUACAUCACCGAUAACACAUCACUCCUUUUCCUGCAACUUUCGCACAGCCGCCAAUCGGAUGACACGACGAUCCGCGAUUAAAGAAGGAUAAUCAAAAAUGUACCCGUCUUAAAAAGCGGCCCAAGGAUUCUUGUCGAAGAUUCAAAUUUAAACUUAUCAUAUAAAACGAAGAUUUAUUUGCAUAGAAAAUAUAAAAAAAAGUUAUAACAGAACAAAUAUUAUCACUGUAUUCCUAUUUCCGAAUCGGGAUUGCAAUACACGUUGGAAGAGCUAAAGGUGCUUGAAAGUGUAUACAUUUUUAACAAUAUUUUAAAAUCCUCGUCAUUUUAGUCGUGUCUCGAUAAUCCAAAUGAUACUUUUAAUAAAUUUGUGAACAAAUCUCUGUCCACAAAAAAAGAGAAAUAGCGAGUUUCAGUCGUGCUUCGAAAUCUAAAUGAAACUUUGGACAAACCUCCUCGAAUUUCGGUCCACUUUUUUCUAAAAAAAAAAACUUAAUUCAUUUAAUAAUAUUCUGUGAGAAUCAAAGCAUUUACCAAAAAAGAAAUCUGUAGUUUUCUGAAAAUAAUCUUUCGAUCAGAAUUUUUGAUCAGCUUUGUAGAAGCUUCUACUGUUUAUUUUACUGGGGUUGUCUAUACGCUCCGCACACUGGCUUUUAACAUGAAGAUUAUUUUUAUUAAAAAGUUGAUGAAAUAGCAUAGAUCAAAGCUGGCGGAAAUGUUCUGCAAACUUUGACAUUUUUUUCAGUUUAUUUCUCGUGGUUAAUUCUACGAAACUUUUUCAAUGAUGUGAAAAUAAUGCGAUAUUAGACAUAAAAAAUAAUAGCUUUUCGUAUCUGUAAAGAUAACUUAUAUUUCUGUCCACAAUUUAAAUAAAUGGACUAUUGUUCGAGCGAAGCAGCACUGAGUGAAAAUACUGUAUCGACUGGAAAAAUAAAGGCAUUGUAUUUUUUGUUUUCCAUCGAGUCGAUACGUGUGUCCAAUUGAAAUCUGAUAGAAAUUGAGAGAAUUGUUGCGCGUUCAGAAAAUGUUGCUUUUUUAAAUAUACCUCUGUUGAAAACAAGUAUGUUUGUUAAUUUGGAAAAGCGAUGAAAUGAAAGUCGUGAAAAGGAAGUAACUUUUGAAAAUUAAACGACGAUGAUGUACGAAUUUUUAAUCUUUCGUCAGGUCCAACGUUUCGUAUAUUUAUGUACGUCGAAGCGAUAUGAAAUUUUGUAUAUUCUCGUAGGGAAAAAGAUUUUCCAGAUGACGAAGAGGAAAUAUCUUAUGAUUCCAUGAAAUACUAUGAAAUGAUUCUGUUCGCAAUCCAUUAUUUAUUUAGUAAUGCUUGACCAUUUUCUGCUAGCAACUUGUUGAUCAUCGUACGGAGAUUUCGAGUAGGUAGUUGUUUUUCUGUUCACCGACUCUUGCAAAAUUAUCCAUGGUGUACGUGUAACCGGUGUAACGAAAUGCUCCCGCGUAGCACGAAAACGUUAUUUCUGCCGGAACAGGUUCUUCUUCCUCGAGUCCUGAUUUUUCAGAAUCGCAUUUGCAAGCGGUCACGUUGCGACCCUUUGCACACCACGGAUAUCGUUGCCAUUCUCUUAAUCGUUACGAGUUUCAUUCACCAAACUUUAUCGAACCCUCAAUCGAUAACCGAAGCGUGAAAAAACACUUUUGUUGAAACCAUUCAAUACAAAAUAUUAAAUCAUGAACACUGAAUUCACCGCUGUAUAAUGUUCUUUUAUUUAUUUCCACCGAUAAAACACAGGUGUAUAGAAUGGUCAGAGUUAUCCAAAUCUCUCUGUGUUUAAUAAUUUCAAUAGAAUUUCACAAACAGUAGGUACCGAGGUCCAUUGUUUUUGUCGAUGAAUUCAUUGAACUGAACGUAUAGCACGCUUCUUUUGAACCCUUGCUUUCGUGGAUUACUGUCAGGAUAACUUUGAUUGAAGCGUGCAUUCUAAAGGUACUUUUGUCGAUUCUAUUCAAAUUUCAGCUCAGUGAAAGUUUUUUAACACAGGAUUCUUUGUUAGUUCCCGGUUCUUACAAUCAGAACUGACAGUCAAUUUAUUUCAUUUACUCCAGAUCGAUGAGAUAAAUUAUUUUUAGGAGAAAAAGUUGACGGUGAAAAUACAAGCAAAGAGAGGUUUAACGUGGAACAGAAAUAAAUGUUCGUAUUUUCCAUUCCAUUCGCAAAUAUACAAACAAACGUGCAUCGUUUGUUUAUUCAGAUUCGAGAAUAUCGUGAAAGAAUGUUCGAGGCACGAUCCAUAAAAAAUUGAAGAGACACGUGUGAAUCGUUUGUUCGCGAAUCAAUCGAAUGAUCGAUCGCGGAGAGGAUGAAGUCAUCGGACACUUAGCCGGCUUACCUCUCGUCGCCAUGAAUUUUUCGUGGCAGCUUGUUGGAGUGAAAACUUGAAGCGGCGAUAACGAGAGAAGAGCAGGAGGAAUCGUUAGAGGACGCGAACGACAUGUCCGUCGAACGAAACGUCGAAGAAAUCGAUCGGAAUGAAAAUGGGAACCGCACGGAGAACCGCUCCAGCUACCUUCCGGAAUUCUUCAACAUCACUUUGCCGGACGUCAACGCGACGGACGAGAUCGACUCUUUCUACUUUUACGAGACGGAACAAUUCACGGUGUUAUGGCUACUAUUCGCGAUGAUAGUGGUGGGCAACAUAGCGGUGCUAAUUGGCCUCCUAUGGGGCAAACGUCGAAAGACAAGAAUGGACUUUUUUAUCAAACAACUGGCGUUUGCGGAUUUAUUGGUCGGCUUGAUAUCCGUGCUAACGGAUAUAAUUUGGAGAACGACGGUGACCUGGCACGCCGGUAACGUAGCUUGCAAACUGAUACGAUUCAUGCAAGCUGUUGUUACGUACAGCUCUACGUACGUACUUGUCGCCCUGUCGAUCGACAGAUACGAUGCCAUCACCAGACCGAUGAAUUUCACUGGCAGGUGGUGGAGAGCUAGAGCACUGGUCAUCGGUGCCUGGAGCUUGUCGGCAUUGUUCAGUGUUCCAAUCAUAUUCCUGUACGAGGAGAAACGCAUACAGGGGAAGACACAGUGCUGGAUUGACCUGGGCUCUCCGUUGCAGUGGAGGAUCUACAUGAGCCUGGUCAGCUUUACCCUCUUUAUAGCACCUGCUCUGAUAAUAGGGGGCUGUUAUGCUGUGAUCGUAGCUACUAUAUGGUCACAAGGUGGAGCAUUACGCCAAGGACCUACCAGGGACACCAGGAGGGCGUCUUCCAGAGGGCUGAUCCCUCGAGCGAAGGUCAAGACGGUGAAAAUGACUCUCGUCAUAGUAUUCGUAUUCAUUCUGUGUUGGAGUCCCUAUAUAGUGUUCGAUCUCCUCCAAGUUUACGGUUACGUACCGGAAACACAGACCAACAUCGCGGUGGCCACGUUCAUUCAGAGUUUAACGCCAUUAAACUCGGCUGCCAAUCCGAUCAUAUAUUGCCUCUUCAGCACAUCAUUUUGUAAAACUGUACGAAACAUGCAGGCGAUCUCCUGGGUUUCUGGAUGGUGUGCGACGAAUCCUCAUCACUGUUUCGGCACCGGUGGUCCAAACAGUAGCAGCAGAACCACAGUGACAACCUCGCUGACAGCACACUCGUCGCGAAGAAGCGGCCACAUCGCGAUGCUACACUCCACCACCAGGAAACGAGUCAUGGUAUCUUUAGUAUAAAAAACGAACGAUGCAAGCCUGCUUCCUGUCCAAUAAGAUCAACUCUCCUGCCUAAUGAGAGCUUCGAAGAAGCUCGACAGAGACAACGAGUAUUAAGGUAGGUAUCCGCUUGUCAAGAGUGCUCCUCUCUUCGCAUCCUUCAGCGUCGUCAAGCGAUAUGCAAAUAUAUCGUUUUCAUUUCUUUUUUUUUUAUAUAACUGAUACGAUAUUGGAAUUUGCAAGCGGAUACCCACCUUUGAACGUCUUUCGAAUUAUGUUUUAUUUAAUUUUGCUAAGAAAUUGAUAAAUGUCGUUGCUAUACAAAUAUGAUAAUCGUUUUUACAUUGGAAACAUAAUUUGGGAGACGACGUUGGAAGUACGCGGUUUGUUGCAAAAGUAACGCAUAUUUGUAAUAAACCACGUAUGUGUAAAAUACAUUUUCUAUUUACGUAAUCAGUAUUUCAGGCCUGGUCUUCUGUGUCGGCAAAUAAAUGUCUUUCAUCUUCCAU